AUGAAUUCAACUCAGCAACUCAAUGACACCGAAGAGCUUACCGGAAGCGAGUUGAUCUGCAAUAUCAUGGUAGCAGAAGGAGUUAUUGGUGUCUUCGGAAACCUCUUAGUGUGCUUCGUUAUUCUACGCGUCAAAUUUCUACACAACAUGACAAACUAUCUGCUGGUGAAUUUGGCUGUGGCCGAUAUGCUGCUUUGUCUUCAGAGUGCUUUUGUGCCAACAGGCAUUAUUGGGAGAGAACUUUUCUGUCGCGUUCUGAUCUCGGAGUAUUUAGCAUGGGCCCUGUCUUAUGCAUCAGCUUACAAUCUCUGCGCGGUAACUAUAGAGAGGUACGUUGCCAUCAUGCAUCCAUUACAAUACAAAAGGAAACUCACCGCAACACGGAUGAAAUAUCUGAUUGCUCUGAUCUGGGUGAUUUCAUUCCUCUUUUCUUCACCAUUUAUAUUUACGAUUGAAACAAGCAAUAACCCCGAGCAUCCUUGCUUUGAAUCCAAAUACCCUCAUCAUGAAUUCCCAAUUCUGCUGAAUGUGUUUUCAUUCUUCAUGGGGUACUUGCUGCCCAUAGCAUUGAUGAGUUGGGCCUACUACAAGAUACAAAUCACUCUCAAAAGACAAGCGAAAGUCCUGAACCUGCAAUAUGCAAGGGCAGCUGCCUAUGAUCUUGUGCUUGCUAGACAUCGUCUAGUCCGCACACUCUUAAUUGUCUUAGGAUCUCUUAUCAUCCUAUUGACACCAAGUUCGACAGCUAUUCUUCUCUGCCUGCAUCCGAUACACAAGGCUCUAAUUUCUUUCUGUGAUUCACACACCUAUGGAUAUAUUCUUGCUGUCUGUGAUUUUUUCUACUAUUUUAAUUCAGUCAUUAACCCUAUAAUCUAUGAACUUAAAUACAAGAAAUUCCGACAAGGAGUUAAGGUUGCCUUUUGCAGCUGUUUUAAAAGACAUGGUAAUAACAGAGUUGACAUUGAGAUGAUACCAUUAUGA